GGGAGGGGCACAAAAGUGAUGGUGAUCUUGAUGAUGAUGGUGGUGUCCUAGCUUUUUUUUGGGGGGGCCCGCCGAAUCGGAUCACCAAAAGGAAUGAAGAGGUUCCGUUUAUAGACUCCUUCUCUUUUUCUCGUGCUGUGCCCUAAAAAGCACAUUUUGGGUCACACAGUCCUUCCCCCUCUGCCAGAAAUCGGGGCCUGCUCUACGGUUCGGUCACGACAUUUUUUCCUCGCAAGUCGCUCCCUCUCUCACUCAUCCGUCACUCAUAUUGUACUCGAGUACCAUCGUGUUAUGUUUUGAUCAUUUUUCCCCUUUGUCCAACCGUCCUGCCCCUACAGUACUGUACUUGUGCCGUGCUCCCCGCUCUUACUCAGGCUCCGAGUUUUCUGCUGCUCAUCAUUGUUUGGCGCCCGGACCAGACCCUGCAUUAUCCCCGGUCACCAAAGAUUGUUGUUUCUCCAUUCCACUGCUCACCAGACCACCCGUUCCUACCGGUAAUUCCGUCGACGAGUUGUCCUUCGGGCUAGACCGGGGAUCUCGACGCGGGGGGAGUACUAAACUCAUAAUAGAACCCGAGGAAUCUAGCCUGAAGGUGCUGUAGUGGCAUACAUAACCCCUCACCGUUCCGUCGGUGGGGUCAAGACCUCGGAAUAGUGCGUGGGGACAAGAGGAGAGGAAGGAAAGAAAAAGAAAAGAAGAAGAAAAAAAAAGAGGUGUAGCUAUGAUGGAAGGAUUACUCUCUCGUCAAACAGUACUCGAGUACUCGAGUACCGGUAUUUGAUGGCGGGUUGGGCGUGAGACUAAAAGGAGGAGCCGGAUGUUCCAUGUGCUCUACUGUAUGCCGUACUCGGUCAACUUAUCUCCAAAUUCCUGGAAGAAGGAUUCACAGGAGACGGGAACCCCAUCUCAAGGUCUCGAUGUGGAACUUGGGGGCACGGGCACAGGACCAGUCCGUUCCACCUUUUGCCCCACCAUAAACACCAACCCAACCACUAGCACCACGCCCUUCACUCGGGCUCGCAGAAACCCAACACCACCAAGGCCUAACCAUAGCCCUUUUUUUUUGUGUGGCUGGCUAGGGCCCCCUACCGGCAAAAAUCUCAAACACAUUUUCCCUCCACUCACCACGCGAUGCUCUGCUGACUUGCAUGCCGCUUGUUUGGACCCAUCAUAUGGCCUAUUAACAAAACCCUCCCCUUUCAAAGAUCCGGCUCUUCCUCUUUCUUCCCUUUGCGUCUUCUCCUGUCUGCCAUAUUCUCCCUCUCGCCCUGUCCUCAUAAAGAUCUCUCCCUCUAUUUCCUUGGUGCCUUUGUCAAUAGACCCUUUCGCAUCUUCCAAGUCAAGGAAUCUGCCCCUCUGCUUGAGCCGCAUUCCAACAACUUUGUCGUACGUUGUUGCAUAGAUACUGGAUCCCGCGAACGGAGCCGGUUUUUUCUUUUUAGAUAAGCUUUCUCCUCUUGUGGGAUCACCCUUAAAGCUUGUUGGCCAUCCUCAAGCCUUGGUUGAGAUAUCUCGACAAAACCCCCCCCAGGACGUUCCCAAAAGGUCUCGACAGAUUUCGAGCCACUCGGACAGCCGGUGUCAACGCUGUCCUUAGGUUUCAAGGGAAUCUUAAGGGUAGCUCCACCUCCUCCGGAUUGUCAUCUGGUUUCCUUCAUCCCCUCUCGCUCAUAUUCCCCGCUUAGUUAUAACUGUUCCUACCCCUUACACCGCUCAAAAAAUGGUCCUGGUGAAUGACCAAGCUGUGGACACUCGUCUUACUAAAGCACCGCGCAUUUCUCGUCGCCAGAGAUUCUUCGCUCGCAUUACCCGCAAUUCGUCAUCCCCACAGCUUUCAAAACUCAAUUCGGGGCACCCGCCGUCGGUUAGAGACCAGUAUUCAAAGAAUCAUUCCGUCUCGUGUAUCUCUCUUCACCUAACACGCCCCGUGACCCCCGCAGCAGAACGCCCGCUCGGGUUCCGGGUUGCGGAGACGUUGGAUAUCCCGCGCCGCCAAGUCGAUAACAUGAGUGUUGGGAUUCCUAAUUCGGUGAGGAGGAAACCGGUGCUUACCGAUAUGUGGGGUUGCCUCCCCGGGGAGGUGCAGGUUCAGAUACUCCGCUAUUUGGAACCUAGAGAGCUUGUGCGCUGCUCGGCGGUUAGUGCCCAUAGCCUUUGUUACUGAAGUUUUGCUUUGUCUGCUGUCUGGGUUUUUCGUUGAAGCUGGGAAAUUCAAGUGACUAAGAGCAGAUUAUGUGGGUCGGCAAUUUAGGUUAGCAGGAAAUGGCAUUCAUUGUGCUUUGACGGGCAACUAUGGAGUAACUUGGAUGCUACAGGAUAUUAUAACAGGAUUCCUGUAGAUCAGCUUUCGAAGAUCAUUACAGGUGCAGGCCCUUUUGUUCGGAACCUGAACCUUCGGUAAGUUCCGCCUUAGCUACUGCCCUAAACUAGAUGCUUGUAUGGCGCUAACUUGGGAACAGGGGGUGUGUCCAAUUGCGGAACGACUGGAGGCUGGAGGUAGUGGUCAACGCAUGUCGGAACCUUCUCACGGCCUCUCUGGAAGGUUGUAAGUUUGAGCAAACAACCAUUCACACCAUAGUCUCGCGCAACCCCCGGUUGGCUCAGCUCAACAUUGCCGGGCUCAAGACGGCCAACAAUCGUACAUGCAGACUCAUUUCCAAAUCUUGCCCAUUAUUAGAGAGCCUAAAUGUAUCCUGGUGUUCUAGCAUGGACGCAAGAGGUAUUAAGAAAAUCGUUGAGGAGUGUAAGAACCUGCGAGAGUUGAGGGCCUGUGAAGUUGCCAGGUUCAACGACCCUGGCUCGAUGCAGACUAUCUUCAAAUCCAAUAAGCUCGAGGUUCUUCACCUUGGAGCGUGCGAGAGUAUUGAUGAUGCGGCAAUUGCAAUCAUGGUGGAAGGUGUAGACCCCGAAGUGGACCCCUUCACGAACAAACCGAGGGCCCCGCCAAGGAAGCUUGUGGACCUGGAUCUCAGCAGGUGUGCCAACCUGACGGACCAGGCAUUGCGGAGCCUGGCUGGCAAUGUGCCUAACUUGGAAGCAUUACAAUUGGGAGGUUGCGUUUCCUUGACUGAUUCGGGAUUCACUGCACUCCUCCCAACUUUGGGAAAGUUGACGCAUUUGGACUUGGAGGAGUGCUCGGAAUUAACGAAUGCAACCCUGUUGGCUUUGGCCCGUGGCCCGGCAGCAAAGAAACUGGAGCAUUUGCAGUGCAGUUAUUGCGAGAAUAUGGGUGACCAGGGGAUGACAGAGAUCAUCCGUAAAUGCCCCGGGCUGCGGAAUCUAGAGAUGGACAAUAGUAACCUGUCCAAGCCAUUUUUAUGGGGAAUUGGAGGCUAAUCUUGGAACCAUAGCUCGAGUGUCGGAUCUCGUGCUGGGCGAGGCGGCGCAUGCUGUCCGACAUCGCCUCUCACCUCCCAAUUCUCCACCGGUUCCAGGGUCUUGCUCCCCUCGUGUUGCCCUUAGGCUCGUAGUUUAUGAUUGUGCGAGCAUCACAUGGCCUGGUGUUCGCGACAUCCUCGCCCGCAAUGCCGAUUCUACGCCCAGCACCUUUAAACCGGAAUUGAUUCAACUGAAGUGCUUCUACGGCUGGCAGCAGACUGUUGAUGAACACAUGAAGAGGGUUCUCAGGGGUGAUCGAGAUAGCGCAAACAGGCUCGAGUCUAAAUGGGCCGAGCACAUGAUGUUGAGCGAAGAUCCCACCCUCGGGAGGCGUAGAAGGAGAAGACAGGCUUUGUGGGAUGAUGAUGAAUUUAUCGGAAGGAGGAGGGGCAGAAGUGGUUGUGUGAUUUGCUAAGCAGUCUGCUAAAUUCUCUCCUUAUCAUUCCGCCACCUCCACUAUUGCUUUGUGUUGUUUUUGUCAUUUUUUCUUCAACUGUAGAUCUUCAAAGAGGUGGCGGGGUUGAGAGGGAGUGCAGAGGAUGGUACGCGGGGGGCUGUGAUCUUGGGCGGAGUUUUGACAUAUUUACUUGGUUUUGUUUGGUUUUGCUCGGCUUUUUCUUUCCUUUUCUCAUUCUGCUAGGGAGGCUACUCUUUUUCUUCUCUUUCUUCCAUUACGUGGGCAAGGCACCUGUCGCUUUUCCUUUCCUUUUCCUUUCACUUCCCCUCUUUGGUUAUUGGCGGGUGAACACUACCGUAUGGCUUCACAAGAGACGAACCCGACUCAGUAGUCUGCAGCUUGCAGCGGAUUCUUCCUGUGGGGAGAUGCUGGAGGGGAAACUCGUGGUCAUGGAAGGUCACUCGAGGUUUAUGACUCCUGACGAUGUUCAUGCUUGAGAAAUCGACGAGGUUUGAAGGAUGAAUGUAUUAUAUUGGCGUAUGCCUGGACGGUGAAGAUGGGGGUGUUAUGCAAACAUCGUACUGUACAUGGCUUAACUUUGUUGGGCGAAGGGAUUAUCCGUGCGGGCAGUAGGGUUUUUUUUUUUGGAGAGGGGUAUAGUUUUUUGGAAUGUACAGUUCUAGCUGAAUUGCUGUGAUAUCGUGUGAAUAAAAACUUGGAUUUUCAUUUU